GGCAAUCUGGAUCCCUGCGCGCUGUAUUCCCCUCUCGAUGACCUUUCUUCCCGCGUUCAUGAGAUGAUGACCGCCUUCGAGGGCAAGCCCCAUAUCGCCAAUCUCGGCCACGGUAUCUACCCCGAUGUUGAACCGGAGAAGGUUGCCGCUUUUGUGGACCUCGUGCAUAAAUUCUCAACCAAGCCAACCUAA